GUUGCUGGGGCGCGGGUGUGGGGCGAAGGCGAGAGUUGGGAGAGCGGAGAGCGUGUCUCGGCCAAGCACUUGGAUUUGGCUCCUUCAUUUCCAAUAUGGAAGAAACCUACAUCGAUUCCCUGGACCCUGAAAAGCUAUUGCAAUGCCCCUAUGAUAAAAACCACCAGAUCAGGGCCUGCAGGUUUCCUUAUCAUCUUAUCAAGUGCAGAAAGAAUCAUCCUGAUAUCGCAAACAAACUGGCUACUUGUCCCUUCAAUGCUCGUCAUCAGGUUCCUCGGGCUGAAAUCAGUCAUCAUAUCUCGACCUGUGAUGACAAAAGCUGUAUUGAGCAGGAUGUAGUCAACCAAACCAGAAACCUUGGACAAGAGACUCUGGCUGAGAGCACAUGGCAGUGCCCUCCUUGUGAUGAAGACUGGGACAAAGCAGAUUUGUGGGAACAGACCAGCACCCCUUUUGUCUGGGGCACAGCCAACUACUGUGGCAACAACAGCCCCGCAAGCAACAGAGUUAUGGAACAUAAGAGUAACCUGGCUUCAGGCAUGCGCGUUCCCAAGUCUUUGCCGUAUGUUCUGCCAUGGAAAAACAAUGGAAAUGCGCAGUAACUGAAUAUCUCAUCAAAUGCCAGACCCUAGGAGACUCUUGCUUCUUCCUGCUACAGUGGGGUCUUCAUUUUUUUCCUCCCAAUCUAAUUAAAGAAAGAUAAAUUGUCUGUGGCUU